UUAAAACUUGUAAAUUAUAGUAUUUUUGAAAUAUUGAAACUUGUAAAUGGUAGUAUUUUUGAAAUAUUGGAUAAAGUUAUGGGUAUAUAUAUAUAUUUUUUUCCUUUUUGUAAUUUAACCCUUAAAUUUGUAAUUAUUUACUCCGGAGGGUAUAGGAAUCGUAUAGCAAUUUCACCCUCCGCUUUGCAAUUGAAAUUCCCGAAUCCGGCCAAUAGUCAUCGGAGCUCCCCGCCUGCGACCAUUCUCCUCAAUCCCAAACCCUACGGCAGGAAUUUUCCGACAAACGAAGCACAUACGAGAAGAAUCAGCGGGAUUAUCGGUUCCGUCUGGUUUUCUGAGUAACAAAAUCAGUAUGUUUGGGACUGCAAUAAGGUAUUUCGCGACGAAGCCAAAGCCGAAGAUGAAGCCGAUAGAGCUAAAUACUCCACCGGAGCAAACGCAGACGAUUACUAGAGUCAUCUUCGACAUCGUUAAGGAGCAUGGUCCGCUAACCAUAGCCGAAACUUGGGACCGCGUUCAGGUUGGUUUGAGAGGAUUAACAAGCAAAAGGCACAUGAAAAUAGUAAUGAGAUGGAUGAGGGAACGGCAGAAGUUAAGAUUAAUGUGCAAUCACAUAGGAUCUCAUAAGCAGUUUCUUUAUACUACCUGGUUUACGAAAUCCAACUUUGGGCAGUCAAAGCCACAGGGGCGUAAUUCUUCCCCACCCAAAAGCCCUUGAACGCCUAUAGAUUACUUGUAAAAAAUCUUGAACUGCGUUGUUUCUUUCUUUAUUUUUCAUGGAAGUUGUACUUUGAUUCUUCCAUUACUGAUAUGUAGAAUGGAUGAACAUUAUAGACAAGGAUUUAACUGCUGCACUUUAUUUGUUUAGUGUCAAAUCCUUAAUCUUAAAACUUUGGUUAGAUAAUAUAUUGAACCUUGAUGUUGAAAUUUA